AUGGCCCUGAUACCGAAAAGUCCCGUUUAUUUCGGGCCCUUUUUAGUGACUCCACAGGUCUUCUUUAUGACAUCCCUGAGCUUCGCUCUUGUGAACCUGAAGCCUCUUCUACCCGGCCACGUCCUCGUCUCUCCCAUUCGCAACGUCCCUCGCAUCUCUGACCUCACACCCGCAGAAACCUCCGACCUCUUCCUCACCGUGCGUCGCGUAGGCCGCAUGGUCGAACGUGUUUUCAAAGCGUCGAGUCUCAACAUCGCCAUACAAGACGGCAUAGACGCGGGCCAAAGCGUGCCGCAUGUCCAUGCCCAUAUAGUUCCGCGGCACAGAGCGGAUCUAGAUCACAAGGGCGGGUCGGAUGCGAUUUACGGCAUGUUAGACGGGGACGAGGGUGAUAUCGCGCAAUAUAUGUGGCAGAGAGCGGAGGAAAGAAGGGGCCGUAGGUUCCCGGCGGUGGAUAAUGAGGGUAGAAUGCCGAGGAGUGACGAGGAGAUGAGAGCGGAGGCGGACAUGUUGGCCCUGGAGAUGGAAAAAGAGCAGGUAGACUGA